AUUUCCGCUAAUCCUACGGUGGACUACAUAUCCCAGAGAGCCGAGGGCCUAGGACGCGUGUCCACUCCACUCAUCCACUAGCAGAAGACCUUACUAAGCCUGGUCACCGCUCAGGCCAAUCCUUUGCCUCUCACCUUGCCUGGAACCUACUACGGAUUCGUCCCCAAAGUGAUGCUCAAGUGGCAAGUUUGUCAUUGCCUGGAGAAAGAGGAGCGAGGCUGCGGUUCUUACCCGAUUCACCAGAACCGGUGGCCUUCUUCUCCAGGAUAUGCCAGCGCUCGGGUUGUGACAUUCUCGGGCACAGCGGAGACCCGCGCAACGGCCCCGCACUUCAAGCGACACUUUAGGGACCUUAGUUGCAGACAGGGCUGGUCACCGUGCCCCUGCGUACCCAGGCUAGCUGUGUCCACUUAGCACGAUUGCAUUUAUCCGUGGAUCUUCUAAGACUCGGUCUUGUAAAUGUUCAGCAUUUUGCUGCUUUCCCUCCUUUUUCUGGGGACUGCGCCAGCACUUGCCCAGACCAGCGGAGAGAGGAGGCUGAGCCCAGAGAAGAGUGAAAUAUGGGGACCCGGGCUAAAAGCAGACGUGGUCCUUCCUGCCCGCUAUUUCUACAUUCGGGCGGUGGAUGCCUCAGGGGAACCGUUCACAUCGUCUCCAGGUGAAAAGGCGUUCCAGGUUAAAAUCUCAGCACCCGACGAGCAGUUCACGAGAGUUGGUGUCCAGGUUUUAGAUCGAAAGGAUGGCUCCUUCAUAGUGAGAUACAGAAUGUAUGCAAGCUACGGCAGCCUGAAGAUAGAGGUCAAACACCUGGGUCAACAUGUGGCCAAGUCUCCUUACCUUUUAAGAGGACCGGUUUACCAUGAGAACUGUGACUGCCCUUUGGAAGACAGUGCAGCCUGGCUACAGGAGAUGAGCUGUCCAGAAACCAUCAGUCAGAUUCAGAAAGAUCUGUCACAUUUCCCUACUGUGGAUCCUGAAAAGAUUGCAGCAGAAAUCCCAAGACGAUUUGGACAGAGGCAGAGCCUGUGUCACUAUACCUUAAAGGACAAUAAGAUUUAUGUCAAGACUCAUGGUGAGCAUGUUGGGUUUAGGAUUUUCAUGGAUGCCAUACUACUUUCAUUGACUAGAAAGGUGAGGAUGCCAGAUGUGGAGUUUUUUGUUAAUUUGGGAGACUGGCCUUUGGAAAAGAAGAAAUCUAAUUCCAACAUCCAGCCGAUCUUUUCCUGGUGUGGCUCCACAGAUUCCAGGGAUAUUGUGAUGCCCACGUACGACCUGACUGACUCUGUUCUAGAAACCAUGGGCCGAGUAAGUCUGGAUAUGAUGUCAGUGCAAGCUAACACAGGGCCUCCCUGGGAAAGUAAGAACUCCACAGCUGUCUGGAGGGGCCGUGACAGCCGCAAAGAGAGACUAGAGCUGGUGAAGCUUAGCAGAAAACAUCCAGAGCUCAUCGACGCUGCUUUCACCAACUUCUUCUUCUUUAAACACGAUGAGAGCCUGUAUGGGCCCAUUGUGAAACACAUUUCGUUUUUUGAUUUCUUCAAGCACAAGUAUCAGAUAAAUAUUGAUGGCACUGUGGCAGCAUACCGCCUGCCCUAUCUGCUGGUGGGCGACAGUGUGGUCCUGAAGCAGGACUCCAUCUACUAUGAACAUUUCUACAAUGAGCUACAGCCCUGGAAACACUACAUCCCAGUCAAAAGCAAUCUGAGCGACCUGCUGGAAAAGCUCAAGUGGGCAAAAGAUCACGAUGCAGAGGCAAAGAAGAUAGCAAAAGCAGGGCAAGAAUUUGCAAGAAAUAAUCUGAUGGGUGAUGAUAUAUUCUGUUAUUACUUCAAACUUUUCCAGGGUUAUGCCAAUUUACAAGUGAGUGAGCCUCAAAUUCGAGAGGGUAUGAAGAAGGUAGAGCCACAAUCUGAGGAUGACCUCUUUCCUUGCACAUGCCACAGGAGAAAGACCAAAGAUGAACUCUGAUACGCAAAAUAUCCCUAUUCAAAUGAUGGUGCUCUGAAGAUACUUCAUAACUGUAAAGAUUAUUUUUAAGUAUUAGUUUUACAAUGUAAAAUCUACUGGUGAGUGUUCGCUUUCUCAGAGUAUUUCUUCUUAUGCAGUAUUCCAUGACUGUCUUUUACGGCACAUUUUUAAAUUUUUUUUAAUAAAACCGCCUUUAUUUUAAAGGUCUAUUUUGUACCAAUUAUUUUCUAUGUACGAGUAGAAAAAGGAGAGUCUGAGUCCUUGAUUCUGGCAUUCUGCCGACUCCUUGCUCUGACUCAAACAGACCUCCAAAAACGAAACCCAGCCGGCUGUGGUGGUUCUUGCCUGUAAUUCAGCCCUCCGGAGGUUGAGACAAGAAGAUUGCCAUGAGUUCAAGGCCAGUCUGAGUUACACAGUAAGCUGGAAGACAGCAAGACUCUGUCUUAAAAUAGAGAUAACUUUCUCUCCUUUGAGCUGUUUUUUAUUUGAGAAUGACUCUUCACUCAGUCACAGCCAAGCCUCACUCUGAUAAAACAUUGCAAGAGCUGCCUUUAUCUGGCUUCUGCCUCCGUUGUUAGGCAAAUCUGUUACCGUUUGUUAUCGUGAACCCUACCGCCGUCAGCCCCGUGCCUGUUUUCUUCCUGCCCUGGCGUUUGUUUCUCCCUUUCUGUGGGAGCCAGGAUCCACACUCCUGUCCAGCCCGUACCAGGAAUGCGGGGCCUCUGACUGUUUAUGUCGUGGAGUCAGCAUACUUUGCGGUAGUUUGGGUAGACCCUCCCUUAUUCCCCAGACCUUAAGCAUCUUGCCUACAAAGACUUUUUAUGGUCUAACAGGCUCGCCUGAACAUGGAAGGGACCACAGAUUGUAAAUGGGUAAAUAAAUGACAACUACCUUGAAAAUGCAAUUAAGGAAUUAGGUGGGGGGCCAGGCGUGCUGGUACGUGCCUUUAGUCCCACUACUCAAGUUUCUCCUCCAAUUAUAUGUAAGUUCCACACACAUUGUAACAGUCGAUCUGCGUUUCUUCAAGUUCACUGAUUUGAAUGUUAAUCUCAUUGAAAAAUAUUCUGGCAGAAAUAUUCAAAUUGUUUGACCUUAUCUGGGGAAUGGCCCAACCAAGUUAACCAUCACUAAUGGGAAUUCAUACAGUGAAUAUAUAUUGAGUACCUAAUAUGCAUACAUAUAUUAUACGAAGUUCGAACAAUAGGAAUAGUUACUGUCUGUUCUGGAAAAAGAAUAGACACUUGAAAUCAAGAAAAUAAAAGUAUGGGUUGUGGCUAAAAAUGUCAUCAUUGGGGUGGGAGAUAGUGCCUACUUAUCACUAAUAUGAGUGUGUAAAUCAGAGGUUGACUGUUGGCAUAGUUUAUGAUAAGCUACUGUUAAAAUAGUAAAAACUUCUAAGCCAUGCAUGUUGGCCACACGCCUUACUCCCAGCACUCGGGGAAACAGAAGCAGGUAGAUCUCUGUGGGUUCUAGGACAGCCUGAUUUACAGAGCAAAUUCCAAGACAGCCAAGGCUACACAAAGAAACCCUGUCUUGAAAAACCAACCAAACAAACAAAAAAACCAAAAUAUUAAAAACUUCUGAUACUAAUUUAUAAAAGCAAAUCGUUAAGAAGACCUUUAAAUAGCUGUAUUUUUUUGGAUAUCUAUUGGAACUGUUCAUAUUUUAUUUUUCUGGUUUUGUUGCAUUCAUUUAUAGUGAAUUACACUAACAGCAUUUCAUCUUAAAGUGAAAAGCCAUGAUCAUUCUAUAUUAUUUAUUUGGUUAUUGCUGAGUUGAUUUAGACAUUCUUUUUUUUAACUUCUUAAGAAUUUUAUACAAUGUGGCCAUUUGAUAAUUUAUGUUUAAUUUUCUUUCUUUUUUUGGUUUUUGUUUUGGGGUGUUUGUUUUGUUGUUGUUUAGUUUGGUUUGAUUUUUCGAGACAGGGUUUCUCUGUAUAGCCCUGGCUGACCUGGAACUCACUCUGGAGACCAGGCUGUCCUUGAACUCACAGAGACCCAUCUGCCUUGCCUUCCCCUCCCACUCCUUCCCACCUCAGUGCUGAGAUUAAAGGCAUAUUCCACCACUGCCAUGCCAUUUCUUUGUUUUUUUAAGACAUGAUCUUACUAGGUAAUCAUGCUUUGGUUGGCCUGGACCUCUCUAUGUAGAGCAGGCUGGCUUGAAACUCAUAGAGUUCCACCUGCCUCUGUCUCCUAAGUGCUGGGAUUAAAGGAGUGGGCCACCAUACCUGGUCUUGAUUUAGGACUUUUUAAACUACAAUCCACAGGCCGAAUCUGACCUACCACCCAUGUUUGUACAGCCUCUAAACUAAAAAUAAUUUUAACAUCUUAAGUGGUUGAAAUCAUAAAAAGAAAAAUUCCAGUGCAUGUAGAACUCAAAUUUUGGCUCGUAAAUAAAGGUUUUAUAUUAUUUUUCUCUUACAUCUGUGGAAAAAAAACAACUAUCACAUAUUUAGUCAUCUAAAAUAAUAUAGUUGUGUUGUUGCAAUUCUGGAAGUCACAGUCUGAACUCAGUUUCCCUUGGUUGCUUAACUAAUGUUAAGGACAUUAAGCAGGGUUGACUCCUUCUGAUGAAAAGGGGGGCCAUAUUCUUGCCUGUUUCUCUUUCUUCUUUCUUUCUUUUCUUUCUUUCCUUAUGCUACAUUCCUAACAUUUCUUGCCUUGAGAACCCUCUCUCCAUCUUCCUAGCCUACAGCCUAAUGUCUGAAAGUCAGCCUUUGCUUCUCUCACCACAGCACCGCUGUUUCUUAACAUUGCAAUAAUAUGAUUCACAAUAAGCCAAGUGUCCAUGCCCAGUAACAGAUACAGAAAUUGUUUACUAGGACUCAGUGAUAGAGAUGGGUUGAUAAGAAGAGGCAGAAUACGCUUGCACAUAACAGAGUAGUGCAAGAUAACAGAUGAGAGAUCUCAUUCUACGACUCCAUUUAUAUGAACUGUCCAGAAAAGGUAAAUCUAUAGACACAAACCAAGUUAGUGGUUAUCUGGUAUUAAAGGUAGGAAAGGGGAAUGACAAGUUUCUUUUAGAAGUUAUGAAAUGUCCUUAGAAUUUGAUGGUUGUACAGUUACUGGAGAUCACCAGAAUGUGUACUUUAAUUGAAACUUAAGUCAUGCAAAUAAAGUAAAUAAAACAUAGCUAGAAAAUAGCAGACAUGAGAAAGCAAUAUAGCUUAGUGAUAGAAUGUCUGCAUGGACAAAAAGCCUUGGGUCCCAGACACCCGUUAAGGGACAACUGACUCCAUUUUUUCUUUUUAGUUAAACAAUGUUAGACUUUGAUCAUGUCCUUGGAUAGAGGUCACCUUGGUUUCUUUUUUCUUUCUUUUCUUUUUUUAACUUGUUCUGCCUCAAUAAUCUCGUGAAUUAAAUGUUGUAAAUUGUUAUUGUUUCCGUUGUUCAAAGAGUUGACUGACCAUAAAAUGCUUCAUGGUAUGUUAUCUGUCUACCUAUAACAUGAUCAUAAAAAUAACUCCAAAAUUCUG